GACAGACAGACAGACAGACAGACAGACAGAGGAGAGCUAUGUGAAUGGACAAGGGGCACAGAGACAGAGAAGGGCUAAUACGCUGUUACCUAACUAAACCCGGAAAACAACAACCAAUCCCUGUGAAGGAUUAGCUCGUCCCCCAUGCUGGAUCAUGUCUGUCCCCUCUGUGAUGGUGCUGCCCCUGCUGAUUGUCAUGGCAGCAGGGCUCUACUACAUCUACAAUGAGAUCAUCCAAUUCAUGUCCAAAUCCUUGGUGCGAAACAAAGUGGUCGUCAUCACAGAUGCCGUGUCAGGAGUGGGGAGCGAGUUGGCUCAUAUCUUCCACAAGGGAGGUGCCAGGCUGAUCCUGUGCGGGACUAGCUGGGAUAAACUGGAGUCUCUGUACGACUCCCUGACAAGUGACGCCGAUCCAAAAGAGACGUUUGCCCCCAAGCUGGUGAUCCUGGACUUCAGUGACAUGGGCAGCAUGCCGGAGGUGGUGGCGGAGGUGGAGGAGUGCUACGGCUGUGUGGACGUGCUGAUCUGCAACAGCAGCAUGAAGCUGAAGGCCCCGGUGCAGAGUGUCUCCCUGGAGAUGGACAGGAACAUCAUGGACAUUAACUACUUUGGCCCUAGCAGUCUGGCCAAAGGAGUGCUGCCAACAAUGAUUUCCAGAAGGUCUGGACACAUCGUGCUGGUCAGCAGCAUCCAGGGCAGACUGGCCGUCCCCUUCAGGAGCUCCUAUGCGGCAUCCAAGCACGCGGCCCAGGCUUUCUUCGACUGCCUGCGGGCCGAGGUGGAGGAAUAUGGAGUACAUGUCAGCACCAUCAGUCAUACCUUCAUCAACGCCUCCACCCCUCCACCCUCUGACAAACCUGCGCCCAAACCAAACCGCUUGGCUGCCUAUAUCGCCAGGCAGCUGACCCACGGUGUGUGCCCGUCGGUCCUGGCCAAUGAAAUUGUCCGAAUGGUGAACAGGAAGAGGAAAGAGGUCCUGCUGGCCCACCCCAUCCCCAGAGCGGCUCUCUACCUCCGCUCCCUCUUCCCCUCCUUCCUUUUCGCCGUGGUGGCUGCCGGAGUGAAGGACUCGGCCUUGGCUGAGCAGAUGCAGUGAUAGAGAGGCAAAGAAGGGGCGCGAGGAAGUACCAGAGCCCAGCUGGAAACUUACGCAAGGAAAUGUUAAGUGGACACGUUCCGCGGAGAGGCAUCUGCAGCGUGUUAUGAUGAUUAUAAGUCUGGCUAAUUAAUGCUUUCACAAAUUGCGGGAGAAUAUCUGAUCAGUGCUAGGUGGGUUCGGCCCUGU